GGCAUUUCCUGGUUGAGUUCAACCCCCAGAUCCGAGUCCGACCGCCUCGAUCGGGACGGGAGCCCCCACUCCACCGAGCCCCAGGCCGCCGCAGGCCGCAGCCACCGCCGCGACGGGCUGACCCACCCCGACCCGCGCAUUCCCUCCCUCAGAUCCCCAGAUCCCCCACCACGGCCAUGGCCGCCGCGCCUCACGCCCGCCUCCGCCCGCGUCGCCACUGCUAGCGCCAUGGCCGCCGCCGCAGCCUCCUGCCGGAGCCCGCUCGCCUGGCUCUUCGCGCUCGCCGCCGCGCUCUUCUUCGCCUCCUGGUACCUCCUCCUCGACUCCGCCGCGGGCCUGCCGGCCGCCGCCCGCCCUUAUCUCGGCGGCGGCGGGCGGCGGCCCGGCCCCGCGAGGAAAUGCGACCCGACGGGGGCGCUGCUGCGGGUCUACAUGUACGACCUGCCCCCCGAGUUCCACUUCGGCCUGCUCGACUGGAAGCCCCCCGGCUUCGGCGGCGGCGUGUGGCCCGAUGUCAGGGGCGGCGGCGGCGUGCCGGAGUACCCGGGGGGCCUCAACCUGCAGCACAGCAUCGAGUACUGGCUCACCCUCGACCUCCUCGCCUCCGAGCAGGGCGCGCCCACGCCCUGCGCCGCCGUGCGUGUGCCCCGGGCCGCCGACGCCGACGUCGUCUUCGUGCCCUUCUUCGCCUCGCUCAGCUUCAACCGCCACUCCCGGGUGGUGCCGCCCGCGCGGGACAGCGAGGACCGCGCGCUCCAGCGGAGGCUCCUCGAGUUCCUCGCCGCGCGGCCCGAGUGGCGGAGGGCCGGCGGACGGGACCACGUCGUGCUCGCGCACCACCCCAACGGGAUGCUCGACGCGCGCUACAGGCUCUGGCCCUGCGUCUUCGUGCUCUGCGACUUCGGGAGGUACCCGCGCAGCGUCGCCAACCUCGACAAGGACGUCAUCGCGCCGUACCGGCACGUCGUCGCCAACUUCGCCAACGACACCGCCGGCUACGACGAUCGGCCGACGCUGCUCUACUUCCAAGGCGCCAUCUACAGGAAGGAUGGUGGAUCCAUCAGGCAGGAACUGUAUUACCUUCUGAAGGACGAGAAAGAUGUGCAUUUUUCAUUUGGAAGCGUGGCCGGUAAUGGGAUUGAGCAAGCGACGCAGGGGAUGCGGGCUUCCAGGUUCUGCCUCAACAUUGCAGGCGACACGCCGUCCUCCAAUCGCCUUUUUGACUCUAUAGUCAGCCACUGUGUUCCAGUCAUCAUCAGCGAUGAGAUUGAGCUCCCGUUCGAGGAUGUCCUCGACUACUCCAAGUUCAGUGUCAUAGUCCGUGGCACAGACGCAGUCAAGAAGGGAUUUCUAAUGAACCUAAUCACAGGGAUCAGCCGAGAAGAGUGGACACGCAUGUGGAACAGGUUGAAGGAAGUAGAAAAGCACUUUGAGUACCAGUACCCGUCUCAGACCGAUGAUGCUGUCCAGAUGAUCUGGAAGACCAUCGCUCGGAAGGUGCCCUCAAUCCGUCUGAAGAUCAACAGACUACGAAGGUUUUCUCGGUUUGAAACUAACAAGACAGAUGAGGGUCCAUCUCAUUCUUCUUCUUGGCUACAGAAUCAGGCUCCUUGAUUUUGAACUAGAAAACUCAAGUUCGCCAGGUUUCAAUCCUGUGGAAAAAGACUGAGCCUGAACCGCGGGAUGGGGACAAAUGUUGCGGCUGCUGAGAUUAACAGAUUAAAGUUGAUAGACGGUAGAAUCACAGGAUUUACACAAACCAUGGGUUAUCAUUUUUCUUCCAAUUUAUUCUUUUACUUACGAUUCAGCUAAUAUGUCCUCGGCUGCAGAUUAGGUCCAAUAAGUUUUGUAUGACAAGUUGUAUAUUCUAGGGGGUAGCAGAUUUGUUGAUAUAUGAGUCACUGAAUUGGAAACUACUGGAACUCGGAA